CAGUAGUCAGUCAGCAGUCUUCAUAGCUAGCUCUCACAAUAGAGAACUUCAAAAGUUCACACACCCGAAAAUAGUUAGAAACAAAAUUUAGUUUAGGACUCGACCGGAAACACGAUGGCCGACGGCUUUAAGAAGUACUUCAAUGGCACCACAAUGCACGGACGCGCAAACGUGGCCAAGGCUACGUACGCCACCUUGGCCGUGUUUUAUUUGCUGUACCGUGUGCGUCGCAGUAAGGGAGCCCCAAAGGAGGAGCUAGCAGGAGCGGAAGUCGAGAAGGAGCAGUGCAACUGUGAUGUCGAGAAGCCUGAACAUCCUGUGGGCUAUUGUGAUCCGCAUGCCGAGCCGCAGCCACCCGAGAAGCAUUGUUCCGUAUGCCGAGAUCGGGCUAGCGAGCGUCGGGCACGCGAGGGCUGCAAUGGUGAUCCCCCACCACCGCCACCGCCGUCGUCGCCGCCGCCGCCUCCGUCGUCAAGUGCGACAGCAGCACCGCGUCGCAAAUGCCCGUGUGAGGAUCCGCAUCGACACAUCGAGACUCCGAAGCCGACCACGCAUCAGUCGCACAUGCAGAUGCCGUCUCCCCAUGAGGAUCAAGUGCAUCCGGCGCGCGAAAUUAUCGGUCACAUGCAGGAGGCCGCCUCACGGGCCCUGCGCAAUGUUAUUGGCGCCGUCUUGGGCGACAACUCCUCAGCCGACAACACCGCCGCAACGCUUUACAGAGACGGCGAAGAUAUGAGUUCUGAUGCUGCCGCCGCCGCCGCUGCUGAAGCUAGACAAAUGGAGGACGAUGGCGAUGGCAGCGACUAUGGUGCGGACAAUCAGCUCAACCGCGAGCGACGCACUUCACCCAAAUCCUGUGUGCCGACCACAGGCAGCUGUGACAUCGAUCUAGUGCUGCCCCUAAAUCAAGAGCCGCAAGAGCUCGUCCAGUCUCAAGCACAGACGCAACCGCAGCCGCGCUUUCGCGCCUUUGAGGAUGACUUUGCCUCGGAAAUGUUCUUUGAGGACUUUGACGAGUGAGCGAACAAUUGGAACGCUAAAAGAAACGGUCACAAAAUUCGCAUUUUCUAAAAAAAAAAAUUAUACAAAAAAAAAUAGUACGCAAUGAAUGACAACUGAAAUCAAAUUAAAACCAACAA